CGAAACCAUCGAGCUAUCCUGUCCCCAUUUCAAUAGAGGCGUGCCGUACCGCAGUCCCCUCCUAGCUCCACGACUUCUCCAUGAAGCAUGUCAGGCACGAGGAUCGCCCGGGAGAUGUGCUGGAGAGGGCCAGACUUCUCCGUCAUGUAUUGCCAGCCCCCCUCAGUUCGGGCUGUGAGUCGAGAGCACCCGCACGCAUCGUUUGUGGCCGCUCAAGCGAUCACGCGGGUCUGUUACUGGCAACGCCGCAGAGAAAACUCCUUUUCCCCGACCCGAUCUCGGAUGCUUGUGGCUCGGCUAGGCUUUACGUCAUUGGACUGUCAGAAGAGGGCAGGUUGCUCGUCAACACUUUUUACUUAAUCUCGGCGUCGAAGCUGAACCGGCAUAUGCCCCGAGUCAGGCAGUACCAAGGGAGGUGGCAGACAGGGAGGCACGCGAGAGCCAAGGCGGUGUUUUGGGCCUGUUUCGCCUUCUCUUGACUCGCAGCGGCGCCUGGAAAUACUGUGUAGAGAAAGCACUCGCGCCGGUCUCACGCCUCUCUAUCCCAAGAGCCUGGUAGACCACAGCUGGGACAUGAAGCAAUCUCCGUUGGAUGACAACACACUUCCUCGCCCCGAAGUCAUCGUGGGCUCAUGUCGUGCAGUUGCUAUUCUUGUCCGCUUGUUCCCGUGUUCACGGACCAUAGAUUGCAUCAUGCCCUCAUGGUGAUGGUACUUGCAGGGAGACUUGAGUUUGAACUGUGCCUGGAAGUCAGGAUGAAGGGCCCAGUGAUUCGACCAGUCGUUUCUGGAAGCAUACGAGGCUGGGAGUAACCUUGUUAAUGCAAUCCCCAACACCCAGGCGAACGACUAGCGCCUGCACCACGGCCGUGGGACCGCAUUGUUUGUCAACUUGUAGCACCCGUGAGCGGGGACGCACCUGCUCCAACACCGGCACGUUCGGGUUGGCUGCCCACGGACAUACCACAGUACGGCACGGCUUCUGUUCACGGCCGACCCUUUGCAUAACGUGCUCGCAACCAACAAAGUCAGGCCUAGCUGCUCAGACUUCCAUGACCUAAAUCAGUGCAGAUUUACAGACGGGGUCUUCGAGAUGCUGACCGUCAUCUCACGACGGCUUCUUGGCAAUCGAAAAAUGUAGUGAGUGUUCGCCCGUCCAAGUCGUACGCGGAGCAUGCGGGCGGUGUCGGCGGCAAGGACAGGUCAGGUGUCCGUAAUCGUCGAGUCGCGUGAAUCUGA